CAAAAAUACAAAAAUAAAAAUUACAAUAGUAUAUAACAUUGAACAAUUAAUAAUUUUUACUGAAAAGUUCUAAUAUAUUUAAAAGUUAAUACUGUAUAUUUAAUUGACAUGCCAGGAGAUAUUUCUUAUCAUCAUGGCCAACGAACCCUGGCACGUCGUCGUAUCCCCGUGAUUAGUAUCGAUGGUUAUCAGUACAUGUGCUCCAAAAUUAAUCCUAAUGUCACGUAUGUUGUAUGUAAGUAUAAAAAAAUAAAAAAUUGCAAGUUUAGAGGACAAAUAGUCAAUAAUCGACUUGUCAUUUCGAAUGAUCAUAAUCACGCUAGGAUCAGCAAUGCACAAGUCAUUUAUCAUUUUGAAGAAUCUUUGUUUAACGAGGUGAAAAAAGAACAUUUCAAGUCACUGAGAGUUAUUUAUGAUGAAAUGAGUUUACUUCAUUAUGAAGCCGCUGUUCAUGUCCCAUGGGUAAAUAUUAAAUCAAAAAUGUUAAGGUGGAGGCGACAAACAAGACCAGUAAAGUUUUCAAUAAAUAAAAAUAACAUCCACUAGAUGGAAGCAUAACAGUACAACUGCACUUAUGGCCAACUUAAAAAAAUGAAAUCCCUAUUUUUGAAAAUAUCUCCAAAUGGAAAUAAAAGUAUUUGGUAAAGAGUUCAAAUGAACAAAUGGAUCAAUGGACAUUUUUUUAAAUAGACAUUUAUGAAAAUGGAUAAUAAUAUAAAAAGACAUCAGUAAAAAUGGUUAAAAAUACAAAUGUACAAUUGAAUAAAUGGAAUAGUCACUUAAUGAACAUAUGAUUUUAUGAACAAUUGAAAAAAUGGACAUUUGAAUAAAUGGACAUUUGUAUAAAUGCCCAUUAAUAAAAAUGAACUCUGUAAAAA